UACCGGCAGGCCAAAAUAUUAUUAUCGCGUACACUCAAGCAAGCGAAACUAUUAGGACCGAGGUUGGCAAGGGGCUCACCGCGGCCGCGGCUCACGAGAGCGCCGCUCGACUCUCCAUUCCGUUUUGAAGGAGCCCGCAUGUACUCACGUGGACUUAUUCAGCGGGACGACGCCACCCGGCCCCAGGCGGACUUGAGGGCCUUCCCGCCCGCCCUGGAACCGCCUGCGGACAUCUGGAAGCCCGCGAACGACCCGGCUCUUGCGCCCGGCGCCCCCCCGCCGCCCGCGACUUGGCCCAACCAGGGCCCGGCCGCGAACGCGCUGGGUCCCGGCCGGCCCCCGGGCGCCGCGGGCUGCGCGCUGUUCUGGGACCUGACCGGGUGUCGGCCCGGCGGGCCCGACGCGGGGACGUGCGUCCAGCGGAACGUCGCGUCGUUGUACGGGGACGUCAGGUCAGCGCGGGCGUACGGCGAUGUUGCCGCGUUGCCGGGCGCGACGCGAGCGGGCCUGCAGGCCGCCGGCGUCCGCCUGAUUGACACGAGCCCCGCCGGCAUGACCGACCGCUCACCGCUCAUCGUCGACCUCUUCGACUACGCGUUGGCACACGCCGUCCACCAGAAGGACGGGAAAGCGCCGAUUUUGGUCUGUGCGCUGGGAGGCUCCCCGCGGGAGCAGUUCGGCUUGGCCUUCGCGAGACUGGCCGAACGGGGAUAUAAAGUGGCUCUCAUCCGCCCGCGAGACUCCCCGUGCGCGAGAUAUGAUGGAGGCUGCAUAGGAGUACAUGAUUGGGCUAGCGUCAGACCGGGCGACGACAACGACACCGUCGCCAUGUGUUUCAAGUGCGGCUGGCGCAAUUGCAGAAGGGCCCACCCGCGGCGCUGCUCGGCUCUGGUCUGCUGCGCUCUCUGCGGGCAGUCGUCGCACGACACGCGCUACCACGCCGAGUUCCAGCAGUACGUGUCUCGGAGGGCCACCGAGACGGCCCAGCGGCAAGUGGACGCGGCGGCGGCGCAGGGCUUGCCGAUUCCUUCCUACGCCGCCCCUAGACUCCACGCACUACCACCGCCGGCUCCGGCUCCCUUUCCCGGCCAAGCGCCCUAUGUCGGCCAAACAACGCCCGGCCUGGCGGCCCUCCAGAACGCGCUGCGGUACGCGCCCCCGCGCGCCCCCCCGAUGGCGCCGAACUCGCCGCCGCGCACCUUCACGCGAAUGAUGGGCGCCCUCGACUCCACUGCGCAGCCCUGGCAGCCCGGCAGGCAGCCGCUCGUGGGCAUGCCGCAGCAGCCAUCCUCGCCGCCAGCAUUGCUGCAGCCGCAGGCGUUCGCGCUGGCUGACACCGCGGCGGCGCCGGAGAGGCCGACAGCCGUGCCGCCUGCGCCGGCGUCGGUACCACCGAAGGCCGAGGCGCCGCCGGGCCUCGCGCCGGCGCCGGCCGCGCCAGAAUCUGAGGACCCCGUCGAUCUCAGCCGGCUGCACUACGGCGUCGAGGACUACGUCAAGAUGGGCGUGCCCGAGGAAGACGCCCGCGCCAUCUUGCGCGCCGUCAACAAGUUAGCCAAGGACCGCGACGACGCGGCAGUGGCGUCCGGCGCCGCGGCCGACCUCGACGCAGAGGCGUAG